AUGGAUAGGGGUGUGAACUUUAGAAUCCAGUGUGGUUGGAACAAUUGGAGGAAAGUCUCUGGCGUGAUAUGUGACAAGAGAGUACCAGUGAGACUGAAAGGUAAAGUUCACAAGGCAGUAGUCAAACCUACCUUGAUCUACGGCCUGGAAGCAGCACCUCUGAAGAAGUCUGAAGAGAAGAUGAAUGCGGCAGAAAUGAAAAUGUUGAGAUGGAUGGAAGGAGUGACGAGAAGAGAUAGAAUCAGAAAUGAAUACAUCAGAGUUAAAGUAGUUGGGGUGUCAAAGAAGAUUCAAGAGUUAAGAUUGAGAUGCUCUCACACAAACUGCAUCCUUGAACAUGAAGGCAAGUCUAUCAGGACUGGCCGACCACUAGGUAGACCAUCCGUCUCGGAAAUCAGAGAGAACUCUAACCUUCACAGCUACCAGUUUAAGCCUCUGGAUUUCAAGACCUUGACCUCCCAUCCUAUCAGCCUUGACCUGAUAAUAGAAGUAUCUCUCCACAUAAUCAACAUGUCACCAGAGCUCAAUGGUACAACCACUGCAACCACACUAUUUACCAUAGACACAACCACCCAGUUUUUAAAUGGUUAG